AUGAUGUUUAAUAUAAAGAAAAGAAAAGAUAGUAUUGUUGGUACAACUAGUCCAUCAUCAUCACCAUUAUCAGGAACAUUACAGUCACCGUUGGUCCAACCAUCCCACCCAAAUUUUGUUUCCCGUCAAUGUCCAUUUAAAAAGUUUGGUUGUAGCGCAUUUUUAGUAUCAAAGGCCGAAUUUGAUAAUCAUCUUAAAGACGAUGCACAAUUUCAUUUACAGUUAGUAGUAGAGAAGUUUGAUCACCAAUUUGAUCUUCAUACUCAAUUGAUGGCACAUUUUACAGAACAAAUGGAAGAUCAAUUAGAUAAAACAAUGAAGGUAGUACGUAACCAUACCGAUAGUUUAGGUGCUAGUUUUCAAUCAAAAUUGGAUGAGGGUGUAGAAAAGUGUAUGACAUUCGCCAAAAAAGUCGAACAACAACAACAACAACUAGCUAAAAGACUUAUAACACAACAAAUUCAAGAAAAGAAAAUAUCAUCACCAUUGGUUAAGGGUAUGAUUUCAGGCGAUGAUUCAUUUGAUGGGGCAAGUGUCAAUAAUGUUUCAUCAAUUAAGCAACAAUUGGAAACUGAAAUCAAUUCGUUAUCGAGUAAAUUAAAGAAGGAUAUCUCUGAACUCUCCGAAGAAUUUUUACAAAAAUUAGAACGUACCAACAGCUCUAUCGAUACAAAGAUUAAUAGAAUUGAGGGUGAAGUUUUACAAAAGAUUGAUAAGCGUCAACUUAAUAGUGCCAUCGAAGAAACAGUUGCCAAGAAAACAGAUUUCAUUACAUUUAGUGUUGAAAGUCAAGUACUUAAAAAAGUCGAAGAAAAAGAUAAGAAAAAACUCGAACAACACACUCUUCUUGAAGCUAAAGUCGAUCAAGUUAAAGAAAAAAUCAAAAUUAUUGAAACUCAACAAUUGGAUAGCUCUUCAGAGAUAAGAAAAUUAAAAUUAGAGAGUGGAAAUAAAAGUUCAUUGCCAGCUUCAUCUUCAUCAAUGUACAUUUCAUCUAGUGCAUCCGCUAAUAAUAUCAACAAGAAUGAGGUAAUGGAAGAAGUUAAAAAGGUCGAAGAAAAACUUAAUAAAAAGCUCAGAGAAGAAAUUGAAUCUACUCGUUCAGAAUUAUCAUCACUCUCCAGAGGUAUCAAAGAUAAUCGUGGUGAAAUUGAAAGUCUUGAAAAAGAUUGUAAAAAUCAAUUCGAUAAACAAGAUGGCAAAAUUAAACAGGUUGAGGAAGAUCUCAAAAAGAGUGAUUCACUUUUAUUAUUAAUGCAAAAUAAUUUAAAGAAAUAUAACGAAUUUGUUGACCGUGAAAAGGAAAGAGAAACAGAGAGAAAUAAACUUCAAGAGUCAGUAAGAAGAUUAGAACAAAAUCAAAAGAAAAUUGAAGCUGAAAUUCAAGAAGGUAAUGAACAGGUAGAAAGAGUACUCAGAGAAGAAGCCAUUUCACCAAUUGGUUCAGUUCCAAAAUCACCAUUAUUAUCAAAACGUUCAGUUUUAUCAAGCUCAACUUCAAAUACUUCAAAUUAUUCACCACCAAUUACUUCAUCACAAUCUUCACCAAAAUUAGAUAAGGAAUUAUUAUCAAGUGAAGGUGAAAAUGGUGUUUUAUGGGAAUACGAUCCAAUUAUUAACAAAUGGAUUAGAUUGGCCAUUAAAUUAAAAGUCGAAAGAAAACCAUUUGCAGAAGGUGCAUUAAGAGAAGCUUAUCAUACAGUUUCACUAGGUGUUACUACUGAUGAAAACUAUCCAUUGCCCCCAAAACAUUCAUUCCCAGCAAUUGACUUUAUUUCACCAAUUUCAAAGAAUAACGAAGCUAUGGCUCAAUUGAAAUCAGGUACUAAAUUUGUAUUAAAACUUUAUAAAAAAGAAGCAGAACAACAAACCUCAAGAGAAUUAUACUUUGAAGAUGUUAAAAUGCAAAUGGUUUGUAGAGAUUGGGGUCAUAAAUUUAAUCAGAAGAAACCACCAAAGAAGAUUGAAUUUUUAAUGUCAUGGGUAGUAGAAUUAGUAGAUAGAAAUAGUCAACCAGUCCUUUGUUCAAUUGAACCAUUAUUGGUUGGUGAAUUUAAAAAAAAUAAUUCAAAUUAUGGUGCUGUACUUACAAAUAGAUCAACUCCACAAGCAUUCUCUCACUUUACAUAUGAACUCUCAAAUAAACAAAUGAUUAUCGUAGAUAUUCAAGGUGUAGAUGAUCUCUAUACCGAUCCACAAAUUCACACCCCAGAUGGUAAAGGUUAUGGUUUAGGUAAUUUGGGUAAAGCUGGUAUAAAUAAAUUCAUCACUACUCACAAGUGUAAUGCAGUUUGUGCUCUUUUAGAUUUAGAUGUUAAAUUGGGUGGUGUAUUAAGCGGUAAUAAUAAAAAACAACUUCAACAAGGUACUAUGGUAAUGCCAGAUAUCAUUUUCGAUCUCGCCCCAAGUGAUAAUACAAUUAAAGUAGGUGCUAAAGCAUUACCAAAAGCUGAUUUCUCAAGAAAGGAUCUUAAAUGUAUAAGCACAAUUCAAUCAUUCCGUGAACGUGUCAAUUCUAUUUGUUUCUUUGACAAUCAAAAACUUUUAUGUGCUGGCUAUGGUGAUGGUACAUUUAGAAUUUUUGACGUUAAUGACAAUUGGAAGUGUCUUCAUACUGUAACUGGCCAUAGAAAAUCAAUUGAAUCAAUUACAUGUAAUAGUAGUUAUAUUUUCACUUCAUCCCCAGAUCACACAAUCAAAGUUCACGCUCUUCGUGGUAAAGAUUCUAAAUUGGUUGAUACACUUAUUGGUCAUACUGGUGAGGUUAAUUGCAUUGUUGCAAAUGAAAAAUAUCUUUUCAGUUGCUCAUACGAUAAAACAAUCAAAAUGUGGGAUUUAGGUACAUUUAAAGAAAUCAAAUCAUUUGAAGGUGUCCAUACCAAAUAUAUUAAAGCUUUAGCAUUAAGUGGUCGUUACUUAUUUAGUGGUGGUAAUGAUCAAACUAUUUUCGUUUGGGACACUGAAGAAAAAUCACUUCUUUUUAAUAUGCAAGGCCAUGAAGAUUGGGUUCUUUCUUUACAUUGUUGUUCAAGUUAUCUUUAUUCUACAUCCAAAGAUAAUGUCAUCAAGAUUUGGGAUCUUUCAAACUUUUCAUGUAUCGAUACUCUUAAAGGUCAUUGGAAUUCAGUUUCUACUUGUGUUGUAAAGGAUCGUUACUUAUACAGUGGUGCAGAAGAUAAUAGCAUUAAAGUUUGGGAUUUAGAUACUCUUGAAAAUGUAUAUUCAAUUCCAAAAGGUCAUAGUCUUGGUGUAAAAUGUUUAUUAGUUUUCAAUAAUCAGAUUAUUUCCACAUCUUUUGAUGGUAACAUUAAAAUAUGGGAAUGGCAAUCAAAGUAGAAAGAAUAAUAAUAAUUUGAUAUAUAAAAAUUAUUAUUUAAAAAAACAUAGAAACAUAUAUAUUUAUUUAAUAAUCUAAUAAUUGUAACAAAUAAUAAAUUGUAAUUUAAAAUCUUUAAAUAAAAUUUAUUUAUUAAAAAAAAGCGAUAA